UUCCUGUACCCGGUUGAGGAAGUUAAUUCGCUGACAGGGCUGGGUUCCGUGAGGGAGGCGAAAGAAACAUAAUUUACAUGGUGGGGAUAAAAACAACAACAGUAUAGAAGAACAAGUUGUGCAAGCACAAUAAAACGUACGUGUAAAGCAUAUUUCCUCUCCGAGAUCGUCACUGAGCGCCGCAGACAUGAAUGACCAGCAGCUGGACUGUGCUCUGGACCUGAUGAGGCGUCUUCCUCCCCAGCAGAUCGAGAAGAAUCUCAGUGACCUCAUCGACCUGGUGCCCAGUCUGUGUGAGGACCUACUCUCCUCUGUGGACCAGCCUCUGAAGAUCGCCCGGGACAAGGUGGUGGGGAAAGACUACCUGCUCUGUGACUACAACAGAGACGGUGACUCCUACAGAUCCCCAUGGAGUAAUAAGUAUGAGCCACCCAUCGACGAUGGGGCCAUGCCAUCUGCCCGCCUGCGCAAACUAGAGGUUGAAGCCAACAAUGCCUUUGACCAGUAUAGAGACCUGUACUUUGAGGGUGGUGUGUCAUCUGUGUAUCUGUGGGACUUGGAUCAUGGCUUCGCUGGGGUCAUCCUCAUCAAGAAGGCUGGAGACGGCUCCAAGAAGAUCAAAGGCUGCUGGGACUCCAUCCAUGUGGUGGAGGUGCAGGAGAAGUCCAGCGGACGGACCGCUCACUACAAACUCACCUCCACCGUAAUGCUGUGGCUCCAGACGACCAAGACCGGGUCUGGAACCAUGAACCUGGGUGGCAGUCUGACAAGACAGAUGGAGAAAGACGAGACAGUUGGAGAGUCUUCCCCACAUAUUGCCAACAUCGGCCGCCUGGUGGAGGAUAUGGAGAAUAAGAUUCGCUCCACUCUCAACGAGAUCUACUUUGGGAAGACCAAGGACAUCGUCAAUGGUUUAAGGAGUGUUCAGACCCUGGCUGACAAGUCGAAGCAGGAGGAUCUGAAGAACGACCUGAUAAAGGCGCUUAAACACAAACAGCAAAGCUAGAGAUGCUAUUUUUUUUUCUCUCUCUCUCUGUUCCCCGCGCAGUAUCUCCACCUUACUCAACCAUCUUUUUUCUGUUUGUACGUCUCUCCUUCCAUGCUUGUUUCAGUGCUGCACUCUUGUUCAUUCGUGGGGAAAACAAAAAAGAGAAUGUUAAGCUUUUUGUUUAUUUUCACGCAUUGUUUUGAGGCAUCUCAUUCGCUAUCAAGCCAUUCACCCACCCUGUCUCUCUCUCUGUCUCUCUCUCUGUCUCUCUCUCUGUCUCUCUCUCUGUCUCUCUCUCUGUCUCUCUCUCUGUCUCUCUCUCUGUCUCUCUCUCUGUCUCUCUCUCUCUCUGUCUCUCUCUCUGUCUCUCUCUGUCUCUCUCUGUCUCUCUCUGUCUCUCUCUGUCUCUCUCUCUGUCUCUCUCUGUCUCUCUCUCUCUCUCUCUCUCUCUGUCUCUCUGUCUCUCUCUCUGUGUCUCUGUCUCUCAUGAAUAUUAUGAUAGUAUUCUUAAGGUUAAUGAUAAUCUUACAGUUUUACCGCAAUGUUUAUAAUCCCUACAGCUCUGUCACAGCUGAGUCUGUUUUGAAUGAGUGACAUCAGCUUCUCUCCUAUCCUCUGGUUAGGGGACAGAAUCAGAUAGACUGUACUGUAGCUAGGCUUGGCUGGGCUAACAAAUCGUCAUUCAUUUCCACCAAUAUUUUCUUUCUUGUACCCAUUAUAUCAAAGUGUCUGUACCACCACCUUUCUUGAAAUAUAACUGUCAUUUUUCUGGGUGAUGUAAUGGCAAACGAAUGGGAGAGGGUGGCCCUAGAUAUGAUGUAUUGUAAGGAUUGGUCUAUGGUUUGACCUUCGUCCCACUCUUACCCGCAUGCGUUGUGAGUCUGAACGCAUUGGAUCACGGGAUGGAGCUGUAGACCUCUAAAACAUGGGGAGGGACUGUUAGGUUCACUGUGUAUACCCAUGUCAUUAAGUCCCCCUCUUACACUGUGUAUAACGUGACGAUUUGGAUACCUCUGUCUCUCUCUUGGUCUCUCUUUCUCCCUUUCACCUGGUCUAUGUUGGGGGUCACAGUUUUGUCUUUUUGCGUCUUGACGGAAGCUUUUGACCGUUUCCGUUUUGGGGGGAAUCUUUUUUGUUGUAUUUUGUUUUUAUUUUGUAAAGCUAAUGAUUCAUAUUUUAUUAGAGCCUCCAGCAACAAUAAAAACAGUAAAAAACGA